AUGCUCCCAGUACAAAUCUUGAAAGACAGUGCUCAGGAAGAGCGUGGAGAGAGCGCUCGUCUCAGCUCUUUCGUUGGUGCAAUUGCUAUCGGAGACUUGGUUAAAUCUACACUUGGGCCAAAAGGAAUGGACAAAAUUCUUAUCAGCGGAAAUCCGGAAAGUGCCGGAGGAAUCAAAGUCACCAAUGACGGAGCAACGAUUCUUAAAUCCAUCGGAGUCGAUAACCCAGCUGCUAAAGUUCUUGUUGAUAUGUCAAUGACUCAAGAUCAUGAAGUCGGAGACGGAACAACAUCCGUGACUGUUUUGGCUGCCGAGCUGCUCAAGGAGGCUGAGAAACUCGUUAAUCAACGUAUCCAUCCACAAACUAUCAUUUCUGGAUACAGACGUGCUCUCGGAAUCGCCCAAGAAGCAUUAAAGCAAUCGAGCAUCGAGUCGGGAGACAACAUCCGGGAGGACCUUUUGAAAAUUGCUCGCACCACUCUUGGAUCAAAGAUUCUCAGUCAACACAAAGAACACUUUGCUCAACUUGCCGUGGACGCAGUACUGAGAUUGAAGGGAUCUGGAAAUUUGGAUGCUAUUCAAAUCAUCAAGAAGCUUGGUGGAUCCAUGAAUGAAUCCUAUCUUGACGAAGGAUUCCUUCUCGAGAAACUUCCAGGCAUGUUCCAACCAAGAAGAGUCGAAAAGGCUAAGAUUCUCAUCGCUAAUACUCCAAUGGAUACUGACAAGGUGAAAGUUUUUGGAUCGAGGGUUCGUGUUGAUGGCGUUACUAAAGUUGCUGAACUUGAAGCUGCCGAAAAGUUGAAGAUGAAGGAGAAGGUUGACAAAAUCCUUGGUCACAACUGUAAUGUCUUCAUCAACCGUCAACUUAUCUACAACUACCCAGAGCAACUCUUCGCAGACGCCAAGGUUAUGGCUAUUGAGCACGCUGACUUCGAAGGAAUCGAGAGACUCGCUCUUGUGCUUGGAGGAGAGAUUGUCUCUACAUUCGACUCUCCUCAGACAGCUCAAUUUGGAUACUGUGAUCUGAUUGAGGAAAUCAUGAUCGGAGAGGAUCGACUUCUUCGAUUCUCCGGUGUCAAACUUGGAGAGGCUUGUUCGGUUGUUCUUCGUGGAGCAACUCAACAAAUUCUUGAAGAGUCGGAGAGAUCCCUUCAUGAUGCUCUCUGUGUCCUUGUCACUCACGUUAAAGAGUCGAAGACUGUGGCUGGAGCUGGAGCUAGUGAGAUCCUCAUGAGCACUGCUAUCGCCAUGGAAGCUCAAAAGGUUGCUGGUAAAGAGGCUCUCGCUGUGGAAGCUUUCGGAAGAGCUCUCGCUCAACUUCCAACUAUUAUUUGCGAUAACGCUGGACUUGACUCAGCAGAUCUUGUCACCAGACUCCGUGCAGAGCACGCUAAUGGUCGGCACAAUUUCGGAAUUGAUAUCGAGAAAGGAGAAGUUGCUGAUGUCACCAAGUUGGGAGUCAUUGAGUCUUACAAUGUCAAGUUGUGCAUGGUUUCUUCUGCCGCAGAAGCUACUGAACAAAUCCUCCGUGUUGAUGAUAUCAUCAAGGCGGCUCCCCGUGCUCGCGCUCCAGAUAACCGUCCAUGCUAA